GCAAAGCAAACAAAAAGAACCCGUGAAAGUGUGAGAGAGAGAGAGAGAGUAAAAUAGCAGUGCGAAGAAGAGAACGUGAGGUGUGUAACAGGGUCUAAUUUUUGUUGUUGCUUCUUCGGCUGCAACCCGCUGCCGGGGCCAAAGUUAACUUUUGUGAAGCCUACAAAUAUGUCAUAAUGGAUAAUAAUAUGCCGCAUGUGGCCAGCGGUCAAAAUCGGGAUCAAUUAACAUUGCAGCCUCUACAGCAGCUGCUCACUUCACGUGGUUCCAGUUCCAAUUUGCGUACAAGUCGCUCUCCAUCAGCCACCAGAAGCAGCGAGCAAAUGUCCCGGGAACGUGCCACUGAGGCAGCAGCAUCAGCUCCACUAUCAGCAGCAGCAUCAGCAACUGCGGCAGUGGCAGCGGUAUCAGUGACGACGACGACGACAACAACAACAUCAACAACGGCGGCAUCUGCAACAAUUCCAACAACGACGUCAGCGUCAUCAUCGACUUCAACGCCAGCGGCAGUAUCAUCAGCUGGCAAUUCCUCAGCCUCAUCCAGCACAGUGGCAGCUGCACAGGCGGCUGUCUAUAGUAGCGGCAACACGGUGACCGGCAGCUUAGGUAGCGGCGGCAUUGGCGGUGGUGUGGCGAUUCGUGGCUUUCGCAGUCACAGUCCCACCCAUCGUCGACGCAGUCGGGAACGCCAGCGACGCACCCAUGGCUCAGAUCAGGGCGGCCUCUUGGCCUAUAGCGGUCUCGUUGGCAAUCCUGUUGAUAUGACGGAAUUUACGAGUGGCGGUGGUGGUGGUGGUGGUGGUGGCGGAGGUGGCAGUGCUGGCACAGGCAGCGGUCUAGAAGAUUCACGUUUAUCGGGCAAUGAGGAUUUCUAUUCGUCAUUUGUUUCCGAUGAGUUUGAUUCGAGUAAAAAAUUGCAUCGUCGCUGCACGCACGAAAGGAGUUCCAGUGUUCAGGCCAUCGAUCGGCUGAAUACAAAAAUACAAUGCACCAAGGAGUCGAUAAGACAGGAGCAAACUGCCAGAGAUGAUAAUGUCAAUGAGUAUCUGAAAUUAGCGGCUAGUGCCGAUAAACAGCAACUACAGCGCAUAAAGGCCGUCUUUGAAAAAAAGAAUCAAAAGAGCGCUCACAGUAUCUCACAGUUGCAAAAGAAAUUGGACAAUUAUACGAAACGGGCCAAGGAUCUGCAGAAUCAUCAAUAUCAGAAUAAAAGCCAACAUCGUCAGCCACGUGAAGUCUUGCGCGAUGUCGGUCAGGGAUUGCGUAAUGUUGGUGGCAAUAUACGUGAUGGUAUCACUGGAUUUUCAGGAUCGGUUAUGUCCAAGCCAAGAGAAUUUGCUCAUUUGAUUAAGAAUAAAUUUGGCAGUGCCGAUAAUAUUAAUCAAAUGAGUGAAGCCGAAUUGCAGGGAAUGCAACACCAGCAGCAGCAGCAGCAACAACAACAACAGCAGCAGAUGGAUGUCCUUGGAAACGAGCGUCUACAUCAAGGCAACUCAACUGGCUCCGGUGGUGGCAAUCACACCGGGGGCGGUGGUGGCGGCGGCAGUGGAACAGGCAAAUUUAAUAGCGACAAUGGCAGCGAAUGCAGUAGUGUUACCAGCGAAAGUAUACCAGCAGGCUCGGGCAAGAGUCAAUCGGGUGCCAGCCAAUAUCAUAUAGUGCUCAAGACAUUAUUAACUGAGCUAGCCGAGCGUAAAAACGAAAAUGAGAAACUCAAAGAGCGCAUUGAACGAUUGGAGACAAGCCAAAAGGAAUUUAACAAUUUGACAUCAACACUCGAAAGUGAACGCUAUCGUGCCGAAGGACUUGAAGAGCAAAUCAAUGACCUGACAGAAUUGCAUCAGAAUGAAAUUGAGAAUCUUAAGCAAACGAUUGCCGACAUGGAGGAGAAAGUACAAUACCAAAGCGAUGAAAGACUACGUGAUGUCAAUGAAGUGCUCGAGAAUUGUCAAACUAGGAUCUCAAAAAUGGAGCACAUGUCACAGCAACAAUAUGUAACCAUUGAGGGCAUCGAUAAUUGUUCAUAUGCACGAGCCUUGGUUGUGAAACUCAUUAAUGUGGUAUUAACAAUAUUGCAAGUGGUUCUACUAUUGGUGGCAACUGCAGCGGGCAUCAUAAUGCCGUUUCUUAAAACGAGAAUACGCGUUCUGACUACAUUUAUAUCGAUAUGUUUUGUCAUCUUUGUGAUACGACAAUGGCCAGAUGUUCAAGAUAUUGGAGCUGGCCUAGUGCGGCAUCUUAAGCAAUCGCUGGUUGUCAAGUGAACUGAACGUGACAUACACACACACACACACAUACAUUACUUUGUUGGUUUAGUUAUAGGUUUAAGUUGAAAAAAAAAAAAAAAACACAGAAUUAAAAUUGUAAAUAGCCUAAUUAAUAAUGCAAAGAAGACAAAAGGCUCAUCCAUACAAGCAAACAGAUACACAUACAUACAUACAUACCACAUACAUUAUACACACUUACAUCACCUACAAAACAAAUUUGUACAAACACUGCAUACUCAUUAAUUCUAUAUGUAUCCUUACUCCCCAUUUAGCGAAAUUCUAUUCUAAUUACUUUGAAAAUGCUAAUACUGUGCAUUACUCAAAUUCAAAAUCUAAACCCAUAUAUACAUAUAUGUACAUACAUACAUAUAUGUUAUAUGUAUAAACUUUCUAGAACCAUAAUGAACAUUCAAUUAUAUACUUAUAUAUA